UACUGUACCAUACAUUUUGUACAGCGUUGUUUGAGCUCAGAAGUCAGUAAUCUGCGAAGCAGUAAACACGCAUUUCUGAAAAUUACCUCAAUAUUUCUUCUAAAAAACUGUUUUGAAAUAAGAAAAUAGUGUAAUUUCACAUUUAAAAAAUACUUUACUGAUUAAAUUAAUUCAAUUAAGAUGACGAACAUAAAAUUACAAAGUAAUGAUGGUGAAAUCUACGAUGUUGAUGUUGAGAUUGCAAAAUGCUCAGUCACAAUUAAAACUAUGUUAGAAGAUUUAGGAAUGGACGAAGAUGAAGAUGAAGUUGUUCCGUUACCAAAUGUGAAUUCAGCCAUCUUAAAGAAAGUCAUACAAUGGGCAACUUACCACAAAGACGAUCCUCCACCACCAGAAGAUGAUGAAAAUAAAGAAAAACGAACUGAUGAUAUUAGUUCUUGGGAUGCUGAUUUCUUGAAGGUUGAUCAAGGAACUCUCUUUGAACUUAUUUUGGCUGCCAAUUACUUGGAUAUUAAAGGCCUCCUGGAUGUAACUUGCAAAACAGUAGCAAAUAUGAUUAAAGGAAAAACGCCAGAAGAAAUAAGGAAGACUUUUAAUAUAAAAAAUGACUUUUCGGCAGCAGAAGAAGAGCAAGUUCGCAAAGAAAAUGAAUGGUGUGAGGAGAAGUAAAAAUUACAUGAAAGAUAACAACGUUUUUUUUUUAAAUUCUUUUAGUUCAAUUAAUCAUAUUAGUAGAGUUAUAAACAUAUUUCUUUCUUGUGCUAAAUAUUCGUAGAUUUGUUUCUUUGUUGAUACAUUUUAUUGUUUAAAUCAAAAAAUAUUUCCAUUAU